UCGAUCAGUUAAUAAGCUGUGUCGGAUUCAACAAAUAGCUACUUAUGUCAAGCUGUUUAGUUGCUUAACAGAUCAGUGAGUGCGGAUUGCGUGUCGAGCUAAGUUCGAAUUAGAAAACUCGGAUAUUAUUUAUUCUAAAGAAAUAAAUCGGUUAUAUAAAGAGCAUCAUAUUUUUCAAAUUUUAAGAUAUAAAACCAAACUGAAACUACAAAAUCACUUUGAUAAAGUAGAGAAUCGAAAUAUAUUAAUUUUAUGUGCAACGAAUGUGAUUUAACGCUUGUUUUUCAUUGGGCUAGUCAGGCCAGGUUAUGUGGAAAUAGGUGGAAAUAUAUGCAUAGAAACGCCAACGAUAGUUGUUAGCAAUUUAUUAGCAUCAUUAAGUUUACGCAAUGUUUAGAUUCAAUUACUGCCUGAUCUGGCUAUGCCUCUAUGCCAAUCUAGUGUUUGCUAAUAUUGUCAAGAACGAUCCGGCUGUUCUAGAAGAUGCACAUCUACGAACUCCUGGUCUCAUAAAAAAAUAUGGUUACCCAUUUGAAGAGCAUAAAAUCGAUACCAAGGAUGGUUUUAGACUGACGGCACAUCGGAUACCCAAACGGGGAGCACAGCCUGUGCUACUGGUCCAUGGACUGCAGGAUAGCUCUGCGUCUUGGGUGCUAAGUGGUCCAGGCAAGGCAUUGGCCUAUCUGCUCAGUGAUCGGGGCUACGAUGUUUGGAUGCUUAACGUACGUGGCAAUCGUUAUUCGCGAAAGCAUAUCAUAUAUCAUCCGUUGCAACGUCAGUUCUGGGACUUUUCGUUCCAUGAGAUUGGCAUUUAUGAUCUGCCCGCCACCAUUGACUAUAUAUUGAAUCGAAGUGGGGGCUAUAGGAAGCUGCAUUACGUCGGUCACUCCCAAGGCACCACCGCGUUCUUUGUGAUGGGCGCCGAGCGACCAGCGUAUAUGAAGAAGAUCAAACUAUUUCAAGGACUUGCCCCAGUCGUCUAUUUUGCGUAUACGAAGCAGUCAUUGGGAACAUUUCUUGCGCCUCACAUAGGAGACAUUGUGCGACUUGCUAAUCUCGUUGGCAUCUAUGAGUUCCCGCCGGAGAAUGAAGUGUGGAGAGAAUUGCUUUAUAAGUACUGCACUUUUAUUUUUCGCAACACCUGCACUUACUUUAUAAUGCAGAUUGCUGGUGUGGAUGAUGAACAGUGGAGUGGAAUAGCGCUGCCCAAAUUGCUUGGCCAUUUUCCAGCUGGUACCUCUGUCAAAUCGUUUGAUCACUAUGCUCAGCAGAUUAACAGCGGAGGCUUCUUCAAGUAUAAUUAUCGUAGUGUCGCUAAGAAUCGGAGAGCUUACGGCUCGGCUAAACCACCCGCCUACAAGUUGGGCAACGUCGACUGCAAAGUGGCUCUAUAUUAUGGCAAAAACGAUCCACUAGCCGCUGUCAAGGAUGUGCAGCACUUGCGCAACGAGUUGCCAAAUGUAGUGUAUGAUGAGCUAUUGACCUACAAAAAAUUCAAUCAUAUUGAUUUUCUAGUUGCGAUUGAUGUGAGAAAAUUGCUUUAUGACAGCAUGUUCAGUGUGAUGAAAAGGGUCGAAGAGGGAGAGCUUUAAUGAAAUCAAAAUUGGAAAUAGUAUUUCAAUUAGAAGAUGUACAUAUUUAUGUAAAUAAAUAAAUAAAAC